GCGCCUUCGCCGAGAGCAUAUUUACAUAUUCAAAUUUCGCGCUCUUUUUACAAGAUCGCAGGCGGCGAAAUUCAACGACACAACAGUGGUCGCGCCGCCACUCGGCAGAUGUCGCAGCUCGUCGCGGUUUAUUUGAAAGAUGAGCGACAAUGAAAAUGAUCUCUUCAACUUUGAAUCCGAUCACUUGGCUUUAAGAGGAAACAGGGACUACAGCGAAACUCUGAAAACCAUGUUCGUUCUGGAGGCGCAGAGGCAACAGGCCAUCAAGGACUAUAAUCGAGUGAUCAAGUUAAAGAAUGAAUGUCUGGAAGACCCUCUGCUGUGCGUGCAGAAACUCAGGGAAGGAGACCUGGGUGUACCGAACAUGCAGAUACUGGCAGAAAUACCCAAGAUCAAUUGGUCAAAAUUUAACAUUAAGGUGCCGCAACAGUAUCUAAAACAAAUCACAAAUGACUUCAUGAACAAAGAUGUUAGGAUGGAGGAGAAAGAUAAUAAAAUAAGAAGCAGUUCUUGGACCACAGAAGAACAAAGAAAGCUGGAUGAGCUUCUAAUCAAAUAUCCUCCUGAAGAGAUGGAGUCCAAGAGAAUACGUAAAAUAGCAAAUGAAUUAGGGACUAGAACACAGAAACAAGUAUCCAGCAGAUUGCAGAAGUAUUAUUUGAAGUUGGUGAAGGCUGGACUUCCUGUUCCUGGCAGAUUGCCAAAGUCCAGAAGCCAUGACAAGAAAUCUUCAUUUAAGUCAAAAAGAUUCGGGAAACAUGCGUAUAUGAAGCCAUCGACAUUCUUUCCAGACUUAGACAUUCCUGUAGUAAUGAACGAAUGCGAAGAUGCACCAGGUCCUAGUCAAGCGUCGAAACUGCCCGAUCCGAACACAUCCAACUACUUACUCUCCAACAACUAUCACGAAGACAAAUCGGAACCGGUCAAAUCGGACGUCGACAUUCAACUGGAUUUGCUCAAGAAAAUCAGAUUGGAGAAAAUGUACGAGGAGUCUGAUGGAUACCAAAAGUUCCAGCAUUACGGAUACAAAUGCGAUUAUUGCGAAGAAGAUCCUAUCGAAGGUAGCCGAUGGCACUGCACGAAUUGCUCUUCCGAUUCGGUGGACUAUUGCACGGAUUGCAUGAUGUCGCAGCUGUAUUCGGAAACGCCUCAUUCGCUUAGCCACAAGUUCAUCAUAGUUCGUAGCGACAAAGAGAUCGUGAAUUCGAGCAGCUCUGAUGUGGAUUCGCAGAGCGGCGAGAGUUCGGCGAAGAACGACGAAUGCAGUAACUUCAGUACCAGCGAGUCUUCUGAGAGCGAAGACGAGUCUCCUCCUCCACCACCUCAGGUAGCUGAGACCGUUGUAUCUCCGCCGAAGCAGCAUCAGUUCACGGAAAGCAGUGAUUUUAGUUUAAAGAUUAGUGAGAGCUGCCCAGUAAAUAUAUUUGAAACCGGUGAUGAUACGAGCAUGAACAACGGCAACGGCAUCAAACUGACUGACUCGCAAAGGGUAUCUUAUAACUACUUGCAUUCUAGCCUGCUGCUGGACAGUUGACAGAAGUUUGUACGCAAACUUAGAUUGUUAGUAGUUGUAUUAUCAUGAUUAAUAUUAUUAUUAUUGUUCGCAAGUCCAUCCAUCCACAUAUAUUUUUUCAUUUUCUUUAGUUCGCAGUAUACGUAGUGCAUAAAUAGGUAUA